AUGUUACAGUCUAUGGAAUAUGGAAAGAAGAAAGGUGAGCUCUGGGCCAGAGAGCCAUAUUCUCUGGUUCCAGUGAAAACAGUUUAUGUUGGUGAAACAGCAACUAUAAUAUGUGAUUUACCAAAUGAAGAGCUCAGCAGCAGAAAGGUUCAGUGGUACAAGCAGAGAGUCGGGGAUACUCUUAAAUUAAUAGUGUCAUUUUAUGGAACUACAAAACCUUCUUCAGAGUUUCCUGAAUCAAGAUUUUCUGCACAUAAUAGUAAAGAUUUUAGCAACCUGACCAUUUGGAAUGUAGUCCAAGAGGAUGAGGGAAUGUAUCACUGUGGAAUAGACACCUGGAUUAAAUUUGAAUGGAGUGGGACAUAUUUGUUAGUAAAAGGAAACACUGAAAGGACAUCAAACUAUAUUGUUUUACAGCAGCCAACAGAAUCAGAUCCACUCCGUCCAGGAGACACAGCAACUCUUCACUGUUCAGUUCUGAAAAUUUCUGAGAAAAACACAUGUUCAGGAGAUCAUAAUGUUUUGUGGUUCAGAGAUGGAUCUAAUAAAUCUCUUCCAAACAUCAUCUACACUGAUGGAAAUAAAACUGAUCAAUGUGAGAAAAGAACUGACGUUCAGGAUGGAUGUGUUUAUCGCUUCUCCAAGAAGGUCAACUCCACUGAUGCUGGGACUUACUACUGUGCUGUGGCCACAUGUGGGGAGAUAUUAUUUGGAAAUGGAACUACAUUGCAUAUUCAAGAAAGCAGUGCGUCAUCACAGACAGCCAGUACAGUUGUUUUUGUGCUUUGUGCUGUCAUGUGUAUAAAUCUCAUUGUUACUGCUGCCCUCAUUUACAUUAAGGACACACAGAUGUUUUCUGCUGUUGUCUUUGCCGUGAUGAAAGCUGAUAUUUGCAACAAAAAGGAUGCAAAGGCAGCAGAGAAGCAGCAGAUCUACACAGCUGUGAAAGCUUUUGGGCUGGAUUAG